CUGAUACUUCUCUCCCCCGUUGGGCUGGGGGCGGUGAGGAGAGUACUUGUAGAAGGAGAGUUAUUCGAUUCGAAUACCAUACUUUUCAUGAACCUUGUGGGGAUUUCUCUGGGUACCGUAGACACUGUUACAAGUUAUACUCGAAAGUACCGCAUAGGCACCCAGGACCUUCUCAUAUUUAAUUUUUCUGUUUUACAUUCCUUGUAUUUUUCUUCUGAAUUUUUGUCUU